CGCUGGCCCUUCCUGCAAAUUUCCAACUUACUUACCUGAGACAGUGAGCCCUCCACCCAUGGAGGAGGAGAAGAUGUACCUGGAGCUCUACCUGGACCGGUGGGCCGCCCAGGAUGACCUUGCCCCACCCAGAUCACCCCUGCUCAGCCCAGUUGUGCCUUAUGAUGUGCACAUACUUAAUUCAUCCAAUCCAGAGACUGCGUUUAAUUCACAGCUUGAAGAAGUCAAAGAAACAUCUGGCCACUUCUCGUCUAUGGAUCUUAGCUUCCUACCAGAUGAGCUUACCCAAGAAAAUAUAGACCAGACUGUCAGUAGAAGCCAGCCUGAAACUGAAGAAAAUGGUAAAACUCUAAGUCAGCCAAGAAGGUUGCCAUUACCCAGCCAACAGGAUGCUAGCCUGGCCUUAAACAGUGGCAGUGGGUCAAAUUCCCAUUCACCUCUGCACCCUGGUGAUGCUGAGUCAGUCCAGCUCUCUCCUGAGAAGCAACACUUCUUGCCUCUGACGUCAUUAACUCCCAUGACACCAAUGAUCCCAGUUUCAGAAUGUUCUGGAAUUGUACCUCAACUACAGAAUAUAGUUUCCACUGUAAACCUGGCCUGUAAAUUGGAUCUGAAGAAAAUAGCUUUGCAUGCAAAAAAUGCAGAAUAUAACCCAAAGAGGCUUGCCGCUGUCAUAAUGAGGAUCCGAGAGCCCAGGACAACAGCCCUCAUAUUUAGCUCUGGGAAAAUGGUCUGCACAGGAGCCAAAAGUGAAGAGCAAUCUCGACUUGCAUCAAGAAAGUAUGCUCGUGUGGUGCAGAAGCUGGGCUUUCCUGCCAGAUUCCUCAAUUUUAAAAUUCAGAACAUGGUUGGAAGCUGUGAUGUGAGGUUCCCUAUCAGGCUGGAAGGUUUGGUGCUAACCCAUCCGGAGUUCAGUAGUUAUGAACCUGAACUGUUUCCUGGCCUUAUUUACAGAAUGGUGAAACCACAAAUUGUGUUACUUAUCUUUGUAUCUGGAAAAGUUGUGUUGACAGGUGCCAAAGAACGUUCUGAGAUCUAUGAAGCAUUUGAAAACAUCUAUCCUAUUCUAAAGGACUUCAAAAAAGCCUGAAUACAGUAUUCAGUAUCUUACAGUAUAUUAGUUUGAAUGUAUACAUAAGCCCAGCACAGAAAUGGCUGGAUUGUUACUGUUCCAUGAACAUUUUGACUUUAUUUUUUUUUUAAUUUUUUA